UUCCAUCUUCAUUUGCAAAUUCGAUCAAACAAAAUCCAGAGCCCUAGCUCGCUCUAAUUCUGCAAAUUUCCAGAAUUCGACAAAUUAUUGAUCGAGGUUCCACCGGCGAUGGCUGGAAGAGAAGUUCGCGAGUACACAAAUCUGACUGAUCCUAAAGAUAAGAAGUCGGGGAAGGGGAAGGACAGAAUAGAUGACGAAGAAAUUACCUUCCAGCGCAUGGUUGCCAAGAUGCAAGAGGUUGCUGGGGAACGUGGAGGUUACCUACAUGGGCGGGGCGCUUUGGACAGCGACGAUUUGCUUUAUCUGAAGGAGCAAAUGGAAGCCGAGGAAGAUGCAGAACGCCUUCUACGGCGUACAGAGAAACGAGCAUUUGCUGCAUUUAAAAAGGCUGUGGCAGAAACUGCCCCAGCUUCAGUUCCCUUGCCACUUAGAGUGGAACCCAAGCCAAAGAGUGGAAUCAGGCAGCAAGACUUGCUCAAGAGAGUGGUGGCAGUGAAGGCAAAGACGCAGGGUGUUGCUGCCCCUUCCGAUGUAGAUCCAUCCAGGGAAGCUUCGAAUCAACAACCAUCUAAAAAACAUCGACCCUCGAAUGAUCAUGAUCUGGAGAAAGACAAGUCUUCGACCAGUUCCAACAAAGUGGGAGAAGAGACAAAAUCGGAUAACCCAGUUAAGAGUCUGUUGGCAGCAUAUGAAAGCUCCGAUGAUGAUGAUGACUGAUGCAUGAUUUAAUGUCGUUUUCCUUUUACGGUAACGCUAUGUAUCUCUCGUGCACUUGAUACUCUGCACGGCCUUAGUUAUAUAAGACAUUAAGUAGAAUCUACAAGCUCCCUUGUAAGAGUCCUUUCUUUCAGCUGUCUUGAAAGAGACAGAGAGAAAGGAAUAUUGUUGUUAACGGAGAAUAUGUUUUUGACCACAUUUUGUA